UUUAAGGUUUCUCAAAACUACCCAAGAGACUUAUUAUUGGGUAAUUUUGGUCCAGAUCAGCACCUAUUCUGUUGGCAUAGUCUGCUCGAUGUUUUGUAUCUUUUUGGGAACUUGGCCUGGUGGAUACAUCUACUUGCUGUACUGUUUUGUUAUGAUGUAUGUGUACUGUGGCGUUGGAACAAUGGUUAAUAUAGCAAAUGAUGGUUUCAUCGAAGCCUGCUACGAAGAUAUACUUUGGUAUAAACUCACCGCAUCAGAUCGAAAAUCGUUACUGAUUAUGUUGAUAUUGUGUCAAAAUACUAGUGGCUUAACAAUUGGAUCGGUGCUACCCCUGUCCAUGAACACCGGUUUAAGAGUAACCAAAACGAUAUAUUCGAUUGCAAUGAUGUUGAUAAGAUUUUUGGACAAGGAGGAUUAAAUAUAUAGUCACUCUUCUUGGAAAUAACGCCAAGAGGCA